AUGGCUGCUCCCAAGACCUACCCACGUCCGCAGCCGCCGUGCGAUGCACGCUGCAGAGACCGCCUGAGCGACCUCCCGGACGGCGUCCUCGGCACCAUCCUCUCCUUCCUCCCCACAAAAGAGGCCGCCCGCGCCGCCGCGCUCGCAAGGCGCUGGCGCCGCACGUUCGCCGGCGUCGACACCAUCUCCUUCGUGCAGCGCGAGGCCCACAGCAACGACAACUACACCUUCAUGGGGUCUGCCCAGGAGCGCCGGAGCAAGAACGGGGACUUCAUCGACGAGGUCAACGCCGCGCUCCUCUGCCGCCGCCGCUGCGGCAGCCACGGCGCGCCGCGCGUCUUCCGCGUGAACUUCGGCUGCUUCGACUGCUGGGACAGGCCCAUGCUGAACCGGUGGCUCUACUCCGUGCUGAACCGCACAGCGCAGGAGCUCCACCUCGACCUGCGCCUCCAGCACGCCGCCACCGGUGAGCACUACGUUGGUGAUCCCCGUGACGAUGGCACCGACGUCAACAGCGACGCCGACUUCCCUGCGGAUGAUGACGAGUGCCGUGCGUACGGCCACGACGCCCAUCAGUACAAGCUUCCGCGGAGGCUCUUCUCCUGUGCCACCAUACGGACGCUCUGCCUCGACGCCUGCUCGCUCCAACCACCGGAGCUCCUCGACCUGCCUUUGCUCGAGACGUUGUUUCUAAGUAACAUCAGGAACUCCGGCAGCAGUGUCCAGCGCUGUGACAACAUCCAACGUCUCAUCUCUAGUUGCCCGCGCCUCAUCGAUCUCACGCUUGAGAGGUGCGGCGAAGAAGACAAGUGUUUCACAACCCCUGCUCCCGACAAUAGUUACACGAUCACAAGCGAGCAUCGACGCUUCGGAGCUGAGGGAGAUCGAUUACAGAGGUGCCGUCCCCUCGAGUCGCUCCUCGACCUGCACGGCGCCCACAAGAAGAUCUCUUCAUGCUCCGUCGGUUUCUGCGGCAAGAAGGUUUACAAGGGGGAAAUGCCCCGGUUCAGAAAGCUCCUCGACCAGUUUACCGACACGAGACAUCUGCAUCUAGAUUCCACUCAUCUCGGAUCAGACAUCGAGAAUAAAUCCUUCACGGGAUUCCCCUCUUUCCCAAACCUCGUGCGGCUUGAGCUGACUGGAUACCUUCAAAUAGGCAGCAUUAGGGCAAUGAUUAUGAUACUCGAGCAGGCUCCGAGCAUUGAGGUUUUGACGUUGUUUUUCAAGCCAAUAUACCAGCAGAGAUUUGAAACCCUCUGGGUGCAGUUGCACAAGCUCAACGAUGAGAUCCUGGUUCCGGAUGUUUCGAUCAUGUGCUUGCGGAAUCGAGUGAAGCGCAUCAAUCUUGUGCACUACCGGGGCCAUGUGGUACAGAGGAAGGUCGCCAAGCUGCUAUUUUCCAAUGCACUGGUUCUUGAACAAGCCUGUGUUGUAUUUCCAAGAGGCCCGCAAGAGGUGCAAUUGAAACUGAAGAAUGAAAUUGACGGAUGGGUGGUGAACAAAUCAGCAAAGACGAUUUUCUAG